GAUAGUCACCGCCUCUCAGAGAAAAAGUCAGCUGAAGGAAGCAACAAUGGCGGAUUCAUCAGCACCAUUGUUGACCCACCUUGAAGAUGACGAAGAAGAAAAUACUUCUCAGCCUUUGAACUUCGACAAGAUCUUCGAACAAAGCCUGUCUGGUUUCGGCUUGUCACAGUUUCUACAAGCGAUCCUUGUCGGGAUUGCUUUAACCUUCGAUUCACAACAGAUAUUCAUCACUGUCUUCACCGAUGCAUAUCCCACGUGGCACUGUGUUGACCACACUGUGUGCACUCCGGCAACCACCGACGUCUGUAAACUCCCUCGGUCAGUUUGGGAGUGGGACGACGGGUUCAAGGGUAAAUCCGUCAUUUCAGAAUUCGAUCUCGAGUGCUCGAGCUCCUUCCUCAGAGGUCUCCCUACGUCUGCUUUCUACAUUGGUUCUAUCGUUGGAGGCGUUUUCAUGGCUAUGAUUCCAGACGGUUUCUUGGGGAGGAAGCAACUACUUUUCUACACAACCCUAGCAAUGUCACUCACUGGGAUCUCGAUUUUCCUCUCCACCAGCAUAUGGAGCUACGCUUUGUUAAAGUUCGCCAUCGGAGUCGCGCGUUCUCAGACCGGGACGUACGCGUUUAAUCUCAUAGGUGAGCGAGUCUCUACAGAAUGGAGACCGAGAGCUACUAUGAUACCAUUCACUCUGUCUGUGUUAGGGUUCAUGUCUCUCUCCGGAAUCUCCUUCCUUGUUAGACACGCUUCUUGGAGAGCUAUCUAUCUCUGCACAUCCGUUCCAGCAGCCAUCCACAGUAUUUGCAUAUACUUCUUCGCCUUAGAGUCUCCUCGUUGGCUUCGUGUGCAAGGAAACUACGCAGAAGCUUUUGAAGUGCUUAAAAGAAUCUCACCUGGAAAGAGAGGUUACUUGGAGUCAGUAUCUUCUCGGCUACCUUCAAAAGAAACCCUAGAACAAUCUCCAAGCAGCUCAAUCAUGGACUUGUUCGUAAGAAGAUGGGCUUUUCGAAGAACCGUAGUUGUCAUGAUCAUCAUGUUCGGGUUAGGAAUGAUGUAUUACGGAGUUCCAUUAGCGGUUAGAGACAUAAAGGUUAACAUGUAUUUAAGCGAAGCCCUUAACGCAAUGGUGGAGUUACCUACCUUUGUUAUCACACCGAUUUUGCUAGAGAAGUUCAACAGAAGAAGCUCUGUGCUUGUCAACUGCUUGGUCGGAGGAGCAUUAGGAGUGUUCUGUUUCGUCCUGACACUUUUAGGGCGAACAAACAUGGCUUUUGUCUUUGAGCUUUGUUCUUUCUUCUGCGCUAGGAUCGGGUUUAACCUGAUGGCGGUUUAUAUGAUAGAGAUGUUUCCAACGUGCGUGAGGAAUUUCGCGACGACGAUGCUUAGACUAGCGGUUGUAGUUGGAGGAGCUUGUUGUCCGAUCAUUGCUUCGGUUGGAAGAAAUGUUCCGUCCAUCUCUUUUGCGGUUUUUGGGUUUGUUGUGUCGGGUCUAGGGUUUUUUGUUUUGCUUCUACCUGAGACUAGAGGUUCAAGUCUUUGUGAUACAAUGGAUGAACAAGAGCAGAGUGACCAGUGCCGGUCCGGAGUUUCUUCGCGCCUAAAGCGCAUUAAAAUAUAAUGCCCCUUAGCAACAAUAAUAUUUAAAUAUCAUUAACAU